UUAAUUGAAGCAACGUUCGGGUCGGUGUGGAAAGAAACAUAUAAAAUCAUCCGUCACACACCGAAAUGAUAUCACUCACUGCAAGGCAACUCAUCGGCUUAGUUCGAUCCAAUAAUCCACUCAGGGUAGCAUCCAACAUGAAGGCGUUCGUAGUGCUGUCCAUGGCUCUGGCCAUCGCAUCCAGCGCGGCAGUUGACGAUUCCACUAAGAAGGAGAAGCGCGGACUAUGGGAACUGGGCUACGGUCACGACAACCUGGACCUGAACAACCACUACAACCAUCAUCAUCUGGAUUUCGACCACCACAAGGAAGUCAAGCACGUUUCGACCACCAUCACCAAAAAGGUCCCAGUCCCGUACCCAGUCGAGGUUGAAAAGCACGUCCCCGUGGAAGUGAAGGUCCCCUACCCGGUGCACGUCGAGAAGAAGGUCCCGGUCUACGUCGAAAAGCAAGUCCCGGUGGUCGUUGAGAAGAAGGUCCCCUAUCACGUUGAUCGUCCAGUUCCCUACCCAGUUGAGGUCAAGGUCCCAGUUGUCCACAAGGAAUACGUCGAAGUGCCCAAGCCGUACGCAGUUCAUGUUGAGAAGCCCGUUCCCGUGAUCGUCCAGAAGCCGGUGUACGUUGAGAAGCAUGUCCCAGUGACCGUGCAAGUCAAGGAGCACCACCACAAGAACAAGCACUGGGGACUGUUCUAAGCUGUUGGUGAUCUGUUAGUUGUUUAUAUGAUUGAGAGAAAUAUAUGUGAUAAA